AUGCGAUUUGCUGUCGAAGCAGCAAGAAAAGUGGUUGCACGCAUGCGUGCAGCCAAAAAGAGUUCUUCUCUUGCUAUAGCAGCAGUCGAUGCUUCGCCUGCUAAUGAGAUUCAGCAACAUGCGGUGCCUUCUGCGAAAAGUCCACGUGGUGAGUCACCACGUGCUACAGAUUCAUCCGCUGCGUCUGCAGCGGGUGUUACGAUUCGCAAUUUAGAUGAGCCUGAAAUAGAUCUCAUCUAUUCUGGCGAGUCGGAUAAUGUAUCCGACUCGAAGGCGACACCUCACGCCUCCGGAUCAUCUGGGGAGGACACUGCAAGAGCCAGGUUGACUGUCUCCGGGGAACGUGGCGGCAUCAUGUCCGAAAUCUUAGGACCGAGCUAUUCUUCUGACGAAUCCUUGCCUCACGCAAGUCCAUACGACGAUAGGACGCGUGGUGAUGGUGGUGAUGCCCCUAUGCAUCACCACUAG